AUGAACUGUACCACAUCCAUUAUUUUGUUAGUUUUUAUCGGUGGUUUUUUAUCCAAUAGUUUGGCUUUAUUUACUGAUGUACUUCACCUAGGCAGUGAUUUAAUUAGUUUUACUGUUAGUCUCGUCUCAGUAUUUUUAUCACAAAAAACAGCUAAUAAAACCAUGUCAUUUGGAUACCAUAGAGCAGAAGUAGUGGGUGUAUUAUUCAGUGUUCUGAUAAUCUGGAUAACAUCGGGUAUUCUGUGUUUUGAAGCUGCUGAAAGGAUUAUCUAUGAUUACUAUAAAGAUGUUAAACCGGAUGAAAUGUUGAUUACAGCUGGAAUUGGUGUGUUAUUUAAUUUCAUAAUGGCAGCAGUGCUAAAUUCUAAUAGCUCCUGUUGUUCGUCUGGUUCCAUUCCACAGUUUGGACACACCCACUCUGGUGACAGUAAACACGUGUCAUAUGGUACUACCGGUGACUAUGAACCACUCGAUGAAAAACCAGCAAAAAACAAAAAUAUCAACGUAAAGGCUGCUCUAAUACACGCUAUUGGUGAUACUGUACAGAGUUUGUGUGUGUUAACGGCUGCUUUAAUUAUUAAGUUCACGAAUGCACCUGAAUACCGCCUGGCUGAUCCAAUCUGUACCUUUGUAUUCUUUGUAAUUGUAUUAGUGACCACCGUGACUAUUUUACGAGACGUUUGCCGGGUUCUAUUAGAGAGUGUACCUAAUGAUAUUAAGUAUACUGAUGUUAGAACUCUACUGGAAUCUAUAGAAGGUGUCAAGAUGAUUCACAGUCUUCAUAUCUGGCCUCUUACUAUGGGACGUAACGCCGUCAUGGUUCAUAUCACAAAAGGUGACAAGGUUGAGAGCGAAGGAAUAAUGGAAAUGGCAACAAACAGAUUAAAAACAGAUUUCAACUUUUCUUAUAUCACAGUACAAGUAGAAAAGUAUAACUCUGAAGUUAUGCCUGCUUGUAAAGAUUGUCAAGAUCUCUGUUGAGUGAGAUUUAAAGCUGAUUUCUUAAAACACUUCUGUUGAUAAUGGAGGCUCAUCUGACCGUUAUUGGUAGAGUUUCAACUGAAUUGUGUUAAUUGGGAUUUAGUUGACUUUUAUUAAUGGAGGCUAAACUUUUUGCUGUUAAUGAGUUCAAAACUGACUUUCCAAAAUAACAUUAAAACAAUUCUGAAUUUUGUCAGUCAGAUAAAACUGACUGUUUGAAACUAACACCACAAUCUCUUAAAAACCAUUGUACCAACAUCACAACUCCUUUUGCUGUCGCUGUUUGUCUCCUUAUAUAAAAUCUGUCAAAACCUAAGAUUCUAGUUAACUUCUUAUAUUAUUUAUUUUCUAUGAAUAUGUCUCUUAAAUUUUAAUUAU